UAUGGAACCAGUCGUCCUGCUCCGGUGUGAUCAGGACUGUAGAUGAAGGCUUGUAACAGAUCCAGCACGCUUUCGCUGCGGAGUCCGCAACGAGGCGGCGGUGGUAUAAAUUCUUCGUGCCCAUCACGUGACGCUACAUAUAACACCCAUUAAUUAUCAGCGUCACCAUUCAAGAUAGUAUUCUAGACGUGUAAGAACAACAUUCAAGAUCCGGCACAUUUCGAAGUAGCUCAGUAGAGGCGAAGAUCAACAGGUACGCCUCGGCCCGGCAGAUCAUCUUAGAAGGCUCCUAUCAGUCGCCUAUCUAAUCGAUAAGCUCGCGUUUUCUCGUGAAGUCGAACUUUUCUUGUCGCGCUCGCAUAUAUCCGUUGGUAACGUAGACAUAGGGCGUGAUAACGUGGUGUCAGCUUUUACUCUAUUCUGUCUGAGAUCAUGACUGCCAAUGGCAAUACCAAGCUAUGGGGUGGCCGCUUCACAGGCAGCUUGGAUCCCAUUAUGACCCAAUACAAUGAGUCGAUCUACUUCGAUCGAGUUUUCUACGACCAGGACGUUCGUGGUAGUAUAGCUUAUGCCCGUGCCAACGUCAAGACUGGCAUCCUGACUGAGCAUGAGUUCUCGGAGAUCGAGCGAGGACUCAAUGCUGUUCGGAAAGAGUGGGCAGACGGCACGUUCGAUAUCAAGCCUGGUGUAGACGAGGACAUCCAUACAGCAAACGAGCGUAGAUUGGGCGAGAUCAUUGGCAAGGAUAUUGCUGGCAAAUUGCACACCGGCCGAAGCAGGAACGAUCAGGUCGCGACGGACAUGCGGUUAUGGCUACAGGAUCAGCUGGAGAAGUUGGAAGGGUUCCUCGUAGACCUCUUGAAGGUCAUGGCUGCGAGAGCGGAGAAGGAGGUCGAGGCGGUGAUGCCAGGUUAUACCCAUUUGCAGCGAGCGCAACCGAUACGAUGGAGUCACUGGAUAUUAAUGUACGCUUCUUUCUUCGCCUCAGACCUGCAGAGACUUCGAGAGCUGAAGGCUCGUGUGAACCGGUCGCCGCUGGGUUGCGGCGCGCUGGCAGGCAACCCCUUCAACAUUGAUCGAGACGCAAUGGCCAAGGAACUAGGGUUCGACGGUCUUAUUAUGAACUCUCUCGCUGGUGUCGCUGAUCGAGACUUCGUCGUGGAGACAUUGCAAUGGGGCUCGAUGCUGAUGAUGCAUAUGUCGCGCUGGGCUGAGGAUCUCAUCAUCUACUCUUCCGGCGAGUUCAGUUUUGUGAAGCUUGCGGAUGCUUACUCUACCGGCUCCAGUCUGAUGCCGCAGAAAAAGAACCCUGAUUCGCUCGAACUCCUGCGUGGCAAGAGCGGAAGAGUGUUUGGGCAGAUGGCAGGGUUGAUGAUGAGUGUCAAGGGAAUUCCGUCCACUUACAACAAGGACCUGCAGGAGUCCGUGGAGCCGUUACUGGACCACGUCAAGACCGUCGGCGACAGUCUACAGAUCGCAACCGGCGUCCUCUCCACCCUGACAAUCUUGCCCGAGAAUAUGCUGAAGUCGCUCACGCCGGACAUGCUCGCCACGGAUCUAGCAGACUAUUUGGUGAGGAAGGGUGUGCCGUUUCGGGAAACGCACCACAUCUCCGGGCAAGUCGUUGCGCUGGCGGAGAAGCAAGGCAAGCCUAUGGAUCAACUGAGCUUCGAGGAGCUGCAGGGUGUGGACAGAAGGUUCGAGAAGAACGUUAUGGAGGUGUUUGACUAUCAGAAAAGUGUCGAGAUGAGGUCCGCUAAGGGAGGCACGAGCAGGAGUGCGGUAAUGGAGCAAAUCGAGGCGGUCAAGAAGGCGUUGAGUGGCGAGUGAGCGCAGAGUUCCUUACGAGUCACAGGGCAACACCAUUAUUCAGAUACACUAGGCACCUCCGACCCGUCCCUAUGCCGCCAAC